AGACUUUGCAGCUGGUCUUGAACAUUAGUGGUCGUGCACAAUACUCAGUCUCUUCACCUGUCCAUCAUCGUCACGCUAGUGCGCUGUUUGCCCAUCAGGAUGAGACGUAUUUUUUGUGUUGGUUGAAGCAAAGUAGAAAUCGAGAGCAGAAGUUACUCCCUUUCUUUAUUCGCAACAAAAACAUAUAACUUUUAUGUUUCCGUUUAUUCCUGAUUGAUUAUUUCCAUGCAAUCUUCUUUUACACUAUGGAUAGUUUAUACAACGUAGGGACUGCAAUAUUACUCGGCAUAUUUGAUAGCAUUAAGGGAAUAGCGGUAGUUUUUUACCUAGAUAGGGAAGCGAACCGGAAAUCGCUACAGCCGAAACCGACCCGCAUCGAACCGGGCCGUGCGACGAAGGAGAGCUUGUCCACCCCGAGCCAGCAGCAGCCGCAGCAAUUUCCACAUCAGACUGUAUCAUCCUCGCCGAGGUCGGGGAACGUCAACAAAGACAACGUCAAACGAAAGGAUGAAUCCAAGGUCCUGCAUCGUGUGCUUCAGUGUUGCCUCCUGAACGGUGGUGUCUUCAUGCUAAGCAUCCUUAUGUUCGAAUAUGGCGUUCUACCUGGACUGAACUAUUCCCUUUCCUAUCUAUUUUCCAACUCCGGUACGGUGGCCACCGUUUGGGGCUGGAUGAAACCCUCGCUAUCGUUGCUGUUCCACAGUUUUUGGGUGGCACCGCUGUUUCUGCUCAGCAAAAUCGUCAACAGCCUCUGGUUUCAAGAUAUAGCAGAUUCAGCCUACAAGAUUCGGAAAGGACGACCCCAGCUAAUCCCCAGCAUAAGCAAACUGAUAGCCGACACCCUGAUCAGCCUGCUCAUUCAGAUUCUGUUCCUGCUGCAGAGCACUGUCAUCAAGUAUCUGCCCAUCCCGGUACCGUUCGCAUGCAGCAUCCUGUACAUUGUGCAUAUGAGUUUACUCUGCUCGCUGUACGCAUUCGAGUACAAGUGGUUCAACAUGGGCUGGGAACUGCACAAACGAUUAACGUACAUUGAAACCAACUGGCCGUUUUUCAUCGGCUUCGGUCUACCGUUGGCAAUCAUCUCCGAGCUGCCCAACUCACUCGUCAUCAGUGGCUGUGUAUUUUCUGUGCUGUUUCCGCUCUUCAUCCUCAGUGCCAACGAGGCAACACCGAAAGUGGGGGUGUGCGAAACUCCACUGAAACUAUUCUCGCUGGUGGUAGCCAUCACCAACGCCUUGUUCAGCAGCCGAACCAAGCUAGGCAAAGCUGCCCUAUCGACACCGAUUAGUGCCAACCAAGGAACACCUGGCGGUUCGAUGAGAAUAGGCCGCGGCAUGUCGCCUCCCCUAUCGAGCAGCACGCCAACGCCAUCUCUCAACUAUCAGUUAAAUCAGCAGCAAAAAAUUCGACAGCACCAACAUCAUCACCGACAGCAUCGCCAUUCGUCACCGUCGUCGACGACGGUCGGUUCCGUUGCUGGAGCAACUGUUGACUCGGUGAUGGCUUACCAGCAACAACAGCAGCAGGCCGUACUGAAUCGUAACUUUAGGCGAUAAAACAUAUACACACAAGAAAGAAAAAAACAAGAUGAUAGAAUCGAACACAACUCUCGCGGUGCGUGUCGCAAACAAGUGAUCAACGACUAAUUAGGAUACCAUAGCACAUAAUAACCACACAAGCGAACCAAUUUUGUGCGACAAAAUAAUCAUCGGAUAGAAUGUUGAAUGGUGCUCAGUUUAGGUUUCGGUUUUUGUUUGUCUUGUUUUGCGAAGGAAUGUUCUCCGAGUUUUUUGUCGCCUUAGGUACAAGCUACCGCAUAGUGUAAAACCAUCGUGACAAACUUAUUGCUGUUUUUUUAUUAUACUUUUUUGUAAUAAAGGUAAACGAUCAGACUGCUUUUUCCUCUCUAGAAAGGAAACACAAGAUGAUUUCUCUGAGAUUA